CCAGAAGUUUGUCCUCGCGCUGUUAGGGCUCAGACUGCUGAAGACAUAUGUAAGAGGAGGAGCUGUCAAAGUUGGACUUUCUCAGAGAAAGAAGUGGGGGGAAAGUAUUCUGCUCCACCUGGGACGGAAAUAAAAGUCCUCGUUUCAGUCGGAAGAGCGCGUCUUGUCGACAUGGAGUGACUCCUUCUCAUCCAGGAGCGUCGGAAAACAAACAAACAACCAGAGACGAUGGCAGCUCGGUUUCUCUCUUGGAUCAGCCUCACCUUUCUGCUCUGCUCGGGCUCCUGUGUUCUGGCGGAAAAGAAAGUAUGCCAGGGUGUCACCAACCGUUUAAACCUUCUGGGUUCUAAUGAGGACCACUACCAGAACAUGGUGAAGACCUACAGCAACUGCACCGUGGUCCUGGAGAACCUGGAGAUCACCUACAUGGAGAACCACCGUGACCUGUCUUUCCUCAGGUCGAUUGAAGAAGUGGGUGGUUACGUCUUGAUUGCUCUCAACACGGCCUCCAGGAUUCCUCUGGAGAACCUGCGCAUCAUUCGAGGGCAUUCCCUUUACGAGGGGGCGUUUGCUCUUGCUGUGCUCGCCAAUUAUGAUAAAUCUACUGGUCGGGGCACCACUGAGCUACUUCUAACCAGCCUCACAGAAAUUCUAAAGGGAGGUGUAAAGUUUGCGAACAACCAGCUGUGUAACGUGGAAACGAUUCAAUGGGAUGAUCUUAUCAACAGCGAAGCCACACCCAGCAUGGAGCGCCCGAAGGCGAGCAACAACCCACUUUGUCAGAGAUGCCACUCAAGCUGCUUCAACAAUUCGUGUUGGGCACCAGGUCCACAAAACUGUCAGACACUGACUAAGCUAAACUGUGCACAGCAGUGCUCCAAGAGAUGCAAAGGACCUUCACCCAGUGACUGCUGCAAUGAGCACUGUGCAGCCGGGUGCACGGGGCCCAGACCCACCGACUGCCUGGCCUGUCGGGACUUCCAGGACGACGGGGUGUGUAAGGACUCCUGCCCGGGCCUCAUGCGCUAUGACCCCAACCUGCACCAGCUGGUUCCUAACCCUCACGGAAAGUACAACUUUGGGGCCACCUGUGUGAAAAGCUGCCCACAUAACUAUGUCGUGACUGAUCAUGGAGCAUGUGUGCGGUUGUGCAGCGGUAACACAUACGAAGUGGACGAAGGAAAAGUCAGGAAGUGUGCCAAAUGUGACGGACUGUGCCCCAAAGUGUGCAAUGGACUUGGGAUGGGAGACCUGACUCACACCUURUCUAUCAACGCCACCAACAUCGAUUCCUUCAAAAACUGCACCAAAAUCAAUGGCAACAUUGCUAUCCUUAAGACGUCAUUUGAUGGGGAUACAUACACCAAAACACCAAAGAUGGAUCCUUCUCAGCUUGAUGUGUUCAAAACUGUUAAGGAAAUUACAGGACAUUUGUUGAUUCAAAAGUGGCCGGAAACGAUGAGAUCACUCAGUCCUUUUGAAAAUCUGGAGAUCAUUCGAGGAAGAACAAAGCGGGGUGUCCGCAGCGUGAUCAUGAUCCAGCUCAGUAUCGACCACCUGGGCCUUCGAUCCCUCAAAGAAAUCAGCGAUGGAGACGUGGCGAUCAUGAAGAACAAGAACCUUUGCUACACAAACAAAAGCCUGUGGGAGAGGCUCUUUAAGUUAGACAGCCAAGUUGCAACAGUGGAAGAAAACGCUGAUGCUGCCACUUGCGCUCUGGAGAACAAAAUGUGUGACAGGAAGUGCACCUCAGACGGCUGCUGGGGUCCGGGCCCGGACWUGUGUUUCGCCUGCCGGGACUACAGCCGCGGAGGGCAUUGUGUGGACUCCUGCAACAUCCUGGAAGGAGAGCCCCGGGAGGCGGUGGAGAACAAAACCUGCGUGGAGUGUGACCCCGAGUGUCUGCGCAUGAACGGGACAUCGACCUGCAGGGCGCCUGGUUCUGGAAACUGUACCAUGUGUGCCAACUUCCAGGAUGGACUGUUCUGUGUGUCCCGCUGCCCCCAAGGCGUGCUGGGAGAGGAUGACAGCCUGGUGUGGAAAUACGCAGACGAGAAGCGAGUGUGCCAACUGUGCCACAAAAACUGCACUCAGGGGUGCACAGGACCUGGUCUUGAAGGCUGUCACAAUAAAAGGCAUGCAGGGCUGUCCCUGAUUGCAGCCGGCGUAGUGGGUGGUCUUCUGGCUGUCCUGAUCGCGGGAGUUUUUGUCUUUCUGUUGCUUCGCCGACGACACAUCAAGAGGAAGAGGACGAUGCGCAGACUGCUCCAAGAGAAAGAGCUGGUCGAACCUCUCACUCCGAGUGGACAGGCACCAAACCAGGCUCUGCUGCGGAUCCUAAAGGAGCCCGAGUUUAAGAAAAUAAAAGUGCUGGGAUCAGGAGCUUUUGGAACCGUUUACAAGGGUUUGUGGGUUCCAGAGGGAGAGGAUGUGAAGAUCCCAGUAGCCAUCAAGGUUUUGAGAGAGGCCACGUCCCCUAUGGCCAACAAGGAGAUCUUGGAUGAAGCUUAUGUGAUGGCCAGUGUGGAACACCCCCACGUAUGUCGACUGYUGGGGAUCUGUCUCACCUCAACGGUGCAGCUCAUAACCCAGCUGAUGCCGUACGGCUGCCUGCUCGACUACGUCAAAGAAAACAAGGACAACAUUGGYUCGCAGCACCUGCUCAACUGGUGUGUGCAGAUAGCAAAGGGUAUGAACUAUUUGGAGGAGCGCCACUUGGUGCAUCGUGACUUGGCAGCCAGGAACGUCCUGGUGAAGACUCCUCAUCACAUCAAGAUCACCGACUUUGGCUUGGCUAAACUCCUCAAUGCAGACGAGAAAGAAUAUCAUGCAGAUGGAGGAAAGGUACCUAUAAAGUGGAUGGCUCUUGAAUCUAUCCUGCACAGAACGUACACCCAUCAGAGCGACGUGUGGAGCUACGGUGUAACCGUCUGGGAGCUGAUGACGUUCGGGACCAAACCAUACGAUGGGAUUCCAGCCAGUGAAAUAGCCAGGAUCCUGGAGAAAGGAGAGCGUCUGCCUCAGCCGCCAAUCUGUACCAUAGAUGUCUACAUGAUCAUGGUGAAAUGUUGGAUGAUCGACGCAGACAGCCGGCCUCGUUUUCGAGAACUGAUCGCCGAGUUUACGAAGAUGGCUCGAGAUCCACCUCGUUAUCUCGUCAUUCAGGGGGAUGACCGGAUGACCCUACCAAGUCCUGCAGAUACCAAAUUCUACCGCAGCCUGAUCAGCGGGGAGGACAUGGAGGACGGCGUCGACGCAGAUGAGUAUCUGGUGCCUCAGCGAGGCUUCUUCAGCAGCCCGAGCACCUCCAUGACCCCACUGCUCCACUCUACGAGUCUGAACAGCAGCAUUGGGACCUGCCACAAGAGAAAUGGCUUACUGAACGGCGUCCCGAGCAGAGACGGAAGCAUUGUUCUCCGAUACAUUCCUGACCCCACAGAUAAACUGUUAGACGAGGCCUUCCAGGCCGCUCCAGACUACAUCAACCAGAACGGGGUCUCAGAUGUGGUGAAUCCUAACUACCAGCAGUCGUGUUUGCCUCGCGCUCUCCUUCCCACCAUCUCGUCCGACGACACGGAGAACGAGUACCUGAACUGCUUUAAGAAUGAGGCCAAGGAGCCCGAAUACCUGAACAGGCUCCCGCACCCCGCCUCGUUCCCCCUCGCCUCCAACGGCACGGUUCACGGCACCCAGCCCUACCAGCCCCAGACCAGCAUAGACAACCCAGAUUACCAGCAGGACUUCACCCCCACAUUUAAGACCCACACAAAUGGACACAUACCUGCUGCAGAGAACGCAGAGUACCUGGGCCCGGACUGAGGACUUUGUGGGACAAGAUGAAAGAGACUGUUUUCUUUUCCACUGAGAAAGAGACUUUCCACGGCCGGACAUGCGUUAAUAAGUGCUAUCAUCACUUAUGCUGUGUUCUGAAGAGAUUUUACUCUCCACGAAACUAAAAAAAAGACUUUAUUUUCCUAAUGAAAGCAGGACAAAGGCUCAUGUGCCUCGUUUGAUUCCAGAGCUGACGGACCAGACACAAAACGUUACCCUCGCCAGAAAGUUGUUUAAAUACGCACAAAAUACUUUCCAAGACCCAAUAUAUGAUGAUUUUGACUCCUCCACUGGUGUAAGAGAGCACAACUCUCUUGUAGACACAUUUCUACGAUCAAAAUGUUCCUUACAAGAAAAGGAGUUUUAGCGUAAGCAGCCUGUUUGAAGACGCUCCUCCUUGAAGGGUUGGUCAGCACGUUGAAACGUCGACACGAAGCAGAACGCGGAGUCGGUGAGGACUUGUGUCAUUUAACUAUGUUCUGAAAACAGGUUUGCGUGAGUGUUAAAGUGUAGCAGCUUGGGACUGUGAAGUUCCUUCUCCGUGCUUUUUGAGUCACGGCCAACUAUGUCGAGAAUGUGACGGCAAAUAUAGCAGAUGUGACUGUGGCUCACACUCCUGCGGCACUUUGUAACAUGAGUUUUUUUUUUUUUUUUCUCAGACCUGAAAAGUUAUCAAUGUGAUAUACGAGCACGAUUACACAAGAAGCUUUUGAUUUUUCCAAACCGAUGACCUAAAUCUCCAACAACCUUGACUGUUUUACCAUCUUAUCUCUUUCUAACACACAGAUACUAAAUGACUUUUCUAGUUCUGUUCUCAGCUUAAUUUUUUUUCCUGUCCGCUUUGUGUUUGAAAAGUGCUGCGUGAACCGACUGAGGACCUGUGUGUACAUUUAUUACUUUUUUUAGUCGUAGCAUUUUCAUGUGUUGUGUUUUUAUGAAUGACUGUGUCAGGAAUUAGUUUUUUUUUUCCCUAGAUUGUUGUUUCUCGUGGUGUUGACGCCAUAUAUAAUGUGUAGGAAUCUGCUCCUAUAGCUUUAAAAUUAUUCAGUCUCGCAAGAGCAUGAGCUCUGCCAAUAUUAUUCCUAGUUUUAAAGGAAUAAACUAUCGUAGCAGCUUGGCUUUUCCUGAUUUUUACACAGGUACGUGUACAGAAAGUCGUGAUUAUCUUGAAAUAUAUCCCCAAAAUAGUCACCUGUAAUUUAUACUCCAUACACAGUUUUUUUCAUAUUAUAUGUGAAUAUGCACUUAUUUCUGAUUGUCAUCAUAUCAUUCAAAAAAAGUACAUAAAUAAAUAUUUUUUAUCUGUG